AUGUAUCCCUUCCACGCACCAUCGCUACCCUCGAAAUGGGAUGAUCCACUUUGGGUCCAUGAAGUUUGUCCAUCUAUGGAACAUUCUUUGUUGGCCAUACUUGAACAGAAGAGAAUGAAUCAGCGCGCUAAAGAUGAAAUGCGAUAUAUCAAUGAUGGAUCGUGUGGUCUGCGAACCGAUGACAUGGAUGAAGAAGAAGAGGACAGCGGAGAUGAUCACUAA